AUGUGCAGUACUAUCGAGAACAACGCGAAAACGGCUGUUCAAUCUCCUAAAAACGAAACAGCAGCUAGAAGUAUCAUUUGCAGAAUCUGCUUCGACAAUGAAUCGGUUUGCUGAAUUUUAAGUUAAGAAACAAAAUCUGACUGAUUAGGGAACGGAUCGACUGAUCAGACCGUGUUCGUGCAGCGGAACUGUCGCCUUCGUACACAACGGAUGUCUCGAACGCUGGGUCCGUGCCACAUCGAACAUUCAGUGCACAAUCUGCCAAGACGAUUUCGAGCUGACUCCUGCCGGACUAAAGAACUGGGGGGACAUAACGGUUCCGAGACCGUUGUCCGAUGAAUGCGAAGACUACGUUGAGUUCGGAUGCACUCUCGCUUGGAUGGUCUACAUGAUCAGAUUCGGAUACAUCGGACUUCGAUACGGAGGUCGUUCUAUGAUCGACACUGUUGAUGAAACGAUCGGAACAGGCGCGCUGCGCAGUCUUUGGUGGUUCUCGUUCUGGUUCAAUUUCCUCUACUACGGAGCCAUGAGCUUCAUUCUUUACGAAAAGUGGCUUCUGGAGAACACCGUUUUCAGCUUUAAGGACAGGUAA